CGAAAAGGGGUUAUGUUUGGAUAACGCUUAAAAUCUCAUUUUACAUAACAUGGUGCGGUUAACGAUACGAUUAUAAACGAGAAAUGACUUGAACCGAUACUGCGAUGUCCGCAGUUUGUGAAUAAACCGUCUAAGUGUGCAGCUGUUAUGACAUUUCGUUCUAUUUUCGGAGUCGAGCUAUUUAGGCCGAAUUCUGAUCAAAGGUUAAGGUUUUAUGUGCGUUAGAAGACGGUGCAGUGUAGGCUGACCUCUCUGUAAGAUAGUGAUCCUAUUAUGGACGAACUGAAGCACAGAGCUGGCGAGAAACUUGAAGCAUUACAUAUAGCAGCAAAAACAGCAGCAGAUGGAGGAAAGUCUCGAAUCAAUGAUGUCGUCUCGACUACCAGUGAGACUAUCAGGAAGCUCCGGGAAGCGUUCCAAGAGCUUUGGCAGAACGAACUCUUCAUGGAGUCCCGGCUGCGAGUGGCGGCCUGGACCCGGGACGCGGUGCAGAGGAUACGGGAGGGCACGCCGCCGCUCUCGCCCGUGCUUCUGUAUGAGGAGCUGGUCGCACUGUUCAAGGAUAGAGUGUGGCGUCGCAGCGUCCUGAUAUUCGCCUGCGGCGCAGCCAUAGGCGGCGGGGCAGGACUAUGCGUAGGGCUGAGGGCAGCGAGUCGAGCGCCGGCCGGGCCGCACGCUCGAGCGUUACACUCGCAUGCAGACCAGUCUGUUAUAUUGGUGGAGGAUGCUAUUGCGCCAGGUGCCGGCUCAGGCGAAGUCCUAAUCCGCGUGCAAGCAUUCAGCGUGUGCCCGGUGGACAGAGGAGUUUUACGCGGGAGAGGAUCAGCGCUGCGCUCACUAAUUGCCAGAACACAGCUCACAGUCGGCCGGGGUUUCACAGGCGUGGUGCUAGACGUGGGCCCAGGCGUGGGCGACCUGGAGAUGGGCGACGAAGUGUGGGGCUGCGUCAGCGAGUGGGCCGGCGGCGCCGCCAGCGAGUUGCUGACCGUACGCAGCACUCGCGUAUCCAAACGGCCGCGCAGCGUGUCUGCCGACGGCGCGGCCACGCUGCCUUGGGCGGGCUCGCAAGCGCUGGCAGCGUUGGAAGCGCUGCAACUCACGCCUGACACCGCUAAGGGCAAGCGCGUGGCGAUAUGUGGCGCGGCGAGCGGCGAGGGUUGCGUGCUGAUCCAAUUACUCAGUGCUUGGGGAGCGCAUCUCACUGUGUUAGCACCCAGACACACUGCCUUGACGCUACAGGAUUUAGGUGCGCAAGACUUCGUAGACAUGGACGAGCACGGUUCGUGCUGGCAGGCGUUAGAGCACGUCGCUGCACGCGCGGGUCCCUGGCACGCGGCGCUGGCGUGCCCGGGCGCGUUAGCCGCCGCCGCUUACCCAAGCAACGUCGCUGCUUUACUCAAAGCGACGGCACCCCGUAACGCGAUAGUAGACCUCCGGCCGCGGCCUCUGAUCUCGGACCGGCUGCCCGGGCCAUUGUCGCUGCUGUUUGCUGCCUCUUUCUACUCGCUUAGAGUUGUCAGGUGGAUAUGCGGUAAAGGCACGCACACGGACUGGCUGGAGUCCCCGCACCGGCUCACUGGCGGGCUAGAAGAGUUGGCGCAACUAGUCGACGCGGGCACUCUCGCGCCCGUAUUGGACAAGGUGUACAUCCCGCAAGACUUCGAGAAUGCGCUGGCCCAUGCAUGCAGUGAAGACGCCAUCGGAACCACCGUCAUACGCUUCCCGUAACAGUAACAGGUAGCGGAACUAGUAAAUAAUAUCACGGAACUAGUAUCCAAUACUACGUUAUUAUGAUACCAAACGCUUCCCGUUACAAGUAGCGGAACUAGGACCUAAUCUCGCGGAACUAGUAUCGAAUACUAGGUUGUUAUGGUAUCAUACGCUUCCCGUAACAGUUAACGGAACUAGUACCUAAUAUCGCGGAACUGGUAUCGAAUACUAGGUUAUUAAGAUACCAAACGCUUCCCGU